UUGUAGCGAAUCAAGGCUCAUCCAUUGUAUCUACAAUGUACUUUGAAAAUUUGAAAUCCUACUUCAUUGUCGUAAAAGUAAAACUUACUAUCAAGAAGCUGGUGAUGGACGUUUAACCUGAUACACAUGAUUCUGCAUUUAAAGAGAUGAGUUAACAUCAGUUGGAAAAGCCAUCCUUCGUAGUAAAUUCUGUUAUCAACAGUACAAAGGCACCAAUCAAAGAAAAGCACAAUGGACAUGCAAGUUGAGAAAAUAAAACAGGAAAUGGUAGAAAGUGACUAUAACUGCAAUGUACAGCACCAGCCUCUCUCACACAAUCCAGAGGAAAGUGACUACAACUGCAAUGUACAGCACCAGCCUGUCUCACACAAUCCAGAGGAAAGUGACUAUAACUGCAAUGUACAGCACCAGCCUGUCUCACACCAGCCCCUUGGGGAGACGGUUGUAUGUAAAGUAAAGGAUGAGGUUGGUAGUAUUUGUACAGUUUACAUGCAAGAGGAAGACAAUACAGAGAAUGACAUUGACAGUGGUAAAAAUAGUCAAAAUAAUCACCAGCAAUCUGAAAAUUUGUCAAUUGUUCUUAGCACUCUUGAAAGUAGUGAGGCUAACAUAUCACCAGAGACUGUCAAUGUAUUUUCUAAGAAGGAACAGGCAGAUGAUAUACAGAUUAUGCAGGAUCAACACAAAGAGGCUCCACAAGAUUCAAACUACCCACCAAUCAUAAGUCCUAUUACAAACUAUCCUGGACUGUAUAUUUCAAGAGGUUCAUCAUUCCCAAUCCAUCCAAUGGCAAAUUCUGUAUUGUUACCUCCCAUUUCUUAUCCGCAGCAGAUGGAUACAAAUAUUAUUGAAAAUCAGUUACAAAAUUCACAGCAAUCUCAAAGUUCCUCUAUGAUAAGUCCAACCACUGGUUCCCAGGAGUCCCAGGAGGUGAACACAAAUGUAAUAGAAAACCAGUUGCAAAAUACUCAGCAACUUGAAAACUCUGUGGUAUUAACUCCCACUACUGAUUCUAAAUGGAAAAACAAAAAUGCAAAAGUUAACCAGUCAAAAAAUUCUCAGCAAUCAAAAACAUUUGCUGUUGUUAGUAAUGCAGUCAAUAAAAUUGUAGAAGGUCAGGUGUCAUCAGAUGUGGAUAAACACCUUCUAUGUAAAAUCUGUGGAAAACUUUAUAAAUUAUCUUAUCCCUUUAUACAGCAUAUGUUUAAGGUCCAUAAUAUUGAUGUAAGUCCAGACUUUGAUAAAACAAAUGAAAAGUUCACCUUGUUUUGUGAUAUAUGCAAGAAAGGUUUUAAAUACAAAAGUGAUUUGGAAAGACACCAUGACACCCAUACAGAUGACAGAUUACACGAAUGUGAAAUAUGUAAUAUAACAUACAAAUCUAAAAGCAAUUUAAAGGAUCACAUGAAAAUCAAACAUUGUGAUACUGCAAAACAUACCUGUGCAAUAUGUUCUUUAUCGUUCCCGUCAAAAUGGAAGUAUGACAUGCAUCAAGUUUCCCAUAGCGAUGCCAGAAACUUUGCGUGUAAACAGUGUGGUAAAGAGUACAAGUAUUUCCAUACUUUAGCAGAUCACCUAAAACAACAUGUUAAUGAAAAUUCAAACGAGUGUCAAUUCUGUGGUGAAGGUUUUAAAUCUAGAGGUCAGCUUAAACAUCAUAUGAUAGAAAAAUUUGGAGAUGAGAUUCAUACUCAAAUCAUAGAAUGCUAUGAAUGUCAAAUCUGUGGUAAGAAUUUUCUAUCAAGGAAAAAUUUAAAGCGACACACGAUUUCCCAUACUGAUGAGAGAAACUAUGAAUGUAAAGUUUGUGGACAGAAAUUCAAACAGGGAUCCCAUCUAAAAGGUCACAUGGGAAUACAUGAUCGGGAAGAAGAAAGGAGAAAAACAACCGAAAUCCUCGUACCGAAAAUUAUAACCUGUGAAAAAUGUCGUAGUGAAUUUAAAACACAACAAGAAUUUAUAGAUCAUUUGAAAGAAACAGCUUAUGAUUUAGUUCAUUCUAAACCAAAAGAUACUGCAUGUGAAAUAUGUGUGAAUAGUCCAAGGUCAAAUUACGAUUGGUAUACUCAUCAGCUCACUCAUACUGAUGGAAGGCCAUAUUUUUGUGGUAUUUGUGAUUCAGAGUUUAGAACAAUAGAAAAGUAUAGAGGUCACAUGUGUUUCCAUCUGAAGAUUGAUAUAACUGAACACACUGACGUAUCAUCAAUUGGCAAUGACAAUGGAAUUAAAUAUGUAUGUAAGAAGUGUCCUACACAAUUUCUGACCAAACAAGCUUUACAGUGUCAUAUACUGGACAGCGGUAACGAUAAUGUUCAUUCCAGACCAGAAUUAACAUCAGUGUGUUUCCCGUGUACUGUUUGUAAAGCAAUAUUUGAGAGCAAGGACGAUUUAGUAGGUCAUAAAAGUAUUCAUGAAAAAAUAGGUAUAUUUUCAUGCAAAGACUGUUAUAAAGAAUUUGAUUAUUAUAUAAACUGA